AUGAUUCCAUCCUCUCCUAACAAAGUGCCUCCAGUUUAUAAAUAUCUGAAGGAUAUGGAAUUGAUUCAUGAAAUUGUCAUCAAUAAUGAUUUUGAAAUGAAAAAAGUGGACUCACCCGAAAAAAGUAUUCAGAAAAGAGUCCAUGAAAUGUUUCACAAGGCUUUUUGGGACCAUGUUGAAGAGCAACUAAAUGCCAAUCCUCCUGACUAUGUACCAGCCAUUCAACUCAUAGAGGUUAUCAAACAGAUGAUACUCGAACUAUUGAUGCCCUGGCAAAAUCAACUGAAAAACCAGAUUUCUGAAGUUCUCGAUAUUGAAUUAAUCAAGCAAAAAAUUGAGCAUGAAGUGUUUGACAUUAAUUAUUAUGAAGAUUACAUUAUCUCUUUGAUGGAAAAAAUCUGUGCACCAGUUAGAGAUGAAGAUGUAGCUAAACUGCGCCAUCAAAAAGAAGUUGUAUCUUUGUUUAGGAGCAUAAUUGAGACUUUAGAACUCAUGAAACUGGACAUGGCCAACUUCACUAUCAACCAAGCUCGACCAUAUAUGCAGCAACAUUAUACAUCUCUUGAAAAAGACAAAUUCAAGAAAUACAUUGAUUACACCAGAGAAAAAGGCCUGGAUCCACUACAAAGAACAAAGACUUGGCUACAAAGGAACCAUAUGAAACUCACUCUGCCUCAGUGCAUUACUACUGAGGAGGGAGCAACUUGUGCUGGGGCCAGUUUCUUCUCAGGAAAUUUGCACCCUGAUGCUAAUUCUACUAGGUCAGUUACAGGAACAAUAAUUCUCAACACAGCCUAUCUGGAACUUAUCAACUGGGAAGAUCUACAACCAUAUCCAGAGACCAUGUGUUUGGAUGAGCGUCGUUUCCGGAAAUUGCAAGAACAUUUGUAUAAGCUGCGCUUAAUGGCAGGUAUGCUGUUAGUCACAUACAAUACAAUCGGCACUUCUAUCUCCGGGGUCUCUGAAGUUCGAGAACAGCUGAAACAGAAUUUAACUGUUUUGCUAGACAAGUUGAACUCAAAGGAUGAAAAAAAUCUUUUGGAAGUGGCAUUAAGUUGUGCAGAGCAAGUAAAUUGUGUAGUAAAAACAUGGCUGAAAAGUCAUGGCUUUGAGGAACUAGAUGCAGACAAACAAAAACUGCUUCUUGGCCAGCUGCAGGAUGUCUUCUCUCCUCAAAAUGCAGUGCACAAAUUGAUGUGGAAGAGAAUCAAUGAUUUUAUUUACCAAUGCAUUAGCUGUGGCAGUGUGGACAAAGUGAAGAUCCCAACUGGCCUGUCUACUAUUGAAACAGAACUGAUUGCUCUUUGUAAAUCUUUUGCCCACCUCAUUGGACUUAAUUUUGGUAUCUACCAUGAAUAUUACAAAGAAAUUCUCACCAUGCUGUUGGAAGGUAAAGAUGAUGAUUCCAUGUCAUCCACAGCCAAGAAGCCAGAAUCUCCUGACAGUCCCAAUUCUGAUGUUGGCUGGAAUGUCAAUGUUCCAGUUCAUCAGUGA